CCGAUUCCCCUUGACACACUUUUUUUUUUUAUUUCUUUUUCCUUUUCUUCUUUUCUUGUUAUACCAUCUCGGUUUUUUUUUCAAACAAACAAAAAAAAAUAGAGAAAAGAUAAUACAUAAUCAUGGCUGGAGCACUUGAAAACGCACAAAGAGAAUUACCUAGAAUUAGAGACCAUGAACGCGAGUCUGAUUUCGGUUCCAUCUUCUCUGUCUCUGGUCCUGUCGUUAUUGCUGAAAAUAUGCGUGGUUCUGCCAUGUAUGAAUUGGUUCGUGUUGGUCACAGUGAACUUGUAGGUGAAGUUAUUCGUAUUGAUGGUGAUAAGACAACUAUCCAAGUUUAUGAGGAAACUGGUGGUCUUACUGUUGGUGAUCCAGUCUUAAGAUCUGGUAAGCCAUUGUCUGUUGAACUUGGUCCUGGUCUUAUGUCAAACAUCUAUGACGGUAUUCAACGUCCGCUCAAGGCUAUUCAAGAAGCUUCUCAAAGUAUUUAUAUUCCUCGCGGUAUUGCUACACCUGCAUUGGACAAGGCUUUUGCUUGGGAUUUCGAACCCAUUAACUUCCAGGUGGGUGAUCACAUCACAGGUGGCGACAUCUAUGGUAAAGUGUACGAAAACUCUCUUGUCAGCAUUCACAAUAUCAUGUUGCCCCCCAAGAGUCGUGGUACUAUCACUUACAUUGCUCCCAAGGGUCAAUACACACUUCAAGAUGUUGUGCUUGAGACUGAAUUUGAAGGUGAAACUACAAAGUAUACCAUGAGCCAGCUCUGGCCUGUCCGUGCUCCUCGUCCUGUUGCUGAAAAGUUGACUGCCAACUAUCCCUUGUUGACAGGUCAACGUGUCUUGGAUUCUCUUUUCCCUUGUGUCCAAGGUGGUACAACUGCUAUUCCCGGUGCUUUUGGUUGUGGUAAAACUGUCAUUUCUCAAUCUCUUUCCAAGUAUUCUAACUCUGACAUCAUUAUCUAUGUUGGUUGUGGUGAACGUGGUAAUGAAAUGGCCGAAGUCUUGAUGGAUUUCCCUGAACUCUCUAUUGAUAUUGAAGGUCGUAAGGAGUCUAUCAUGAAGCGUACGACAUUGAUUGCCAAUACUUCCAACAUGCCUGUCGCUGCUCGUGAAGCCUCUAUCUAUACAGGUAUCACUCUCUCUGAAUACUUCCGUGAUCAAGGUAAGAAUGUGGCCAUGAUGGCUGAUUCUACUUCUCGUUGGGCCGAAGCUCUUCGUGAAAUCUCUGGUCGUCUUGCUGAAAUGCCUGCUGAUUCUGGUUAUCCUGCUUAUCUUGGUGCUCGUCUUGCUUCUUUCUAUGAACGUGCUGGUAGAGCCACUUGUCUUGGUAACCCUAGCCGUGAAGGUAGUGUCACUGUGGUUGGUGCUGUCUCUCCUCCUGGUGGUGAUUUCUCUGAUCCUGUCACUACUUCCACACUGGGUAUUGUCCAAGUCUUCUGGGGUCUUGAUAAGAAACUUGCUCAACGUAAGCACUUUCCUUCCGUCAACUGGAACUUGUCUUAUUCCAAGUACAUGAAGGUCCUUGAACCUUACUACGAAAAGAACGAUCCAGAAUACAUCAGUCUUCGUGACAAGUGUAAGGAAAUUCUUCAGAUGGAAGAAAACCUUUCUGAAAUUGUCCAAUUGGUCGGUAAAUCUGGUCUGAAUGAAUCUGACAAGAUUACUUUGGAAGUUGCUCAGAUCAUUAAGGAUGAUUUCCUUCAACAAAACGGUUAUUCCAACUAUGAUCGUUACUGUCCUUUCUUCAAGACAACUUGGAUGUUGCGUAACAUGAUUGGUUUCUAUGAUCAUGCUACACACGCUGUUGAAUCUUCAAACAACCAAAUUACUUGGGCCAAGAUUCGUGAAUCGAUGGGUGAUAUUCUUUACAAGUUGUCUUCUAUGAAGUUUGAAGAUCCUGCUGAUGGUGAAGAUGUGCUCUGUGAAAAGUAUAAUGCUCUUUUCAAAGAAAUUGAAGCCAAAUUCAAUGAUCUUGAAGCUUAAAAUCUCUCUUUUUUUUUUAUUUUUUUUUAUAUUCCUCUCUUUUUCUUUUUAUUAUAUAUAUAUAAAUUACCCACUUUUUUCCCCUUUUUAUUGUUGCUUGAUAAACAUAACUAAAGAGAGAAC